UAAACCGGGGCAGGUUGUCAAAUCGGAAAUCGAGAGAAACGAGGAAGAGAAGAUGUGAUGUGUUAAAUAGAAGCUCUCGAAAAUCUCAUAACCACCCAAAUGGGCUCAGUCCUCUCGAGUUCCGUUUACUACUUUUGAAGUUGUGUUAGCUACAAGUCUUCUAAAAUGACCAAAACGUGAGACCAUUUCACUGGGGCUCGUUCCUUCUGCAUCUAUUACAGAUAAAGGUAUCUUCUACGGUACAACUACUGCAAGUAUGAGCAACAUCAAGGCAUCAAAUCAGAGGCCAGCCUUCAAGAUGGAAGACGCAGCUGAAGUGAUUGACACACUGUCGCUGGAUUUUGGUCCAUUUGAGAAAUCUAACCGAUGGAAAAAAAUGCCGGAUUGUGACGAGUUUGUGGGAGCAAAGCGGAGCAAGCAUACCAUUGUGGCAUGGAGUGAUGCACUGUACGUCUUUGGGGGUGAUAAUGGUAAAAGAAUGCUGAAUGACAUGUUGAGAUUUGACAUCAAGGAGUGCUCUUGGAGCAGGGCCGUCACCAAGGGGGCCCCUCCUGCUCCACGGUACCACCAUUCAGCCGUGAUAUAUGGACAGAGCAUGUUGAUCUUUGGUGGUUACACAGGUGACCUUUAUUCCAACUCAAACUUACAAAAUAAGAAUGAUCUAUUUGAAUACCGCUUUAAUGCUGGGCAGUGGAUUGAAUGGAAUGUUGAAGGCAGGCUGCCACCUGCAAGAUCAGCUCAUGGGGCUGCCAUUUACAGAGAUACUCUGUGGAUAUUUGCAGGAUAUGAUGGCAAUAAAAGGCUGAAUGACAUGUGGAUAAUACAGCUAUCUGAUGCUAAUCCUCACUGGCAAGAGGUACAGCAGUAUGGAGAUCGCCCACCAACAUGUUGUAACUUUCCUGUCGCCGUGGCGAGAGACAGCAUGUUUGUUUUCUCAGGGCAAAGUGGUGCCAAAAUUACCAAUGAUAUGUUCCAAUUUAGCUUCAAAGAAAACAGAUGGAGUCUCAUUCCUGCUGCACACUUACUGCGAGGAUCCGCCCCUCCCCCUCAACGCCGCUAUGGGCAUACUAUGGUUGCAUAUGACAGGCAUCUCUAUGUGUAUGGGGGUGUUGCAGAUAAUGCACUGCCAGCUGACCUACACAGGUUUGACUUAGAUGAUCAAACAUGGGACAUAGUUCAGCCUUCAUCUGACAACCAGCUGCCGACAGGGCGUCUCUUCCAUGCAGGGGUCAGGAUAGAUGAUGCAUUUUUUAUCUUUGGUGGAACAAUUGAUAACAACGUCAGAAGUGGCGAGCUUUAUAGAUUUCAGCUUGUAAGCUACCCUCGAUGCACCCUCCGAGAUGAUUUUGGUCGACUCCUGGGCAGUCAACAGUUUUGUGACAUGGUCUUUGUUGUUGGUGAGGAUGACAAAAUUUUCCCUGCACACACUGCUCUUGUUGCUGCCAGGUCACCAUGGCUACGAAGACAUCUCUUGCACCUGAAGGAAACUAUACAGGGCUCAGGUGAGGAGGAAGGCCAGAUAGAAAUCAGACUGCAUGAUGCACAUCCAAGAGCUUUUGAGAUAACUCUGCACUACAUGUACACGGACAGCAUCUAUUCUCUUGUCAAAGAUGUAAAUGGCUCUGAAGCCAUCAGUCUGAUGAUGGAUGUCUAUGGCCUUGCUGUCAAGCUUGAGAUUGGAUCAUUUGAGCACCUGUGUGUGCAGUACAUAGAGGCUUCCAUCACACAGGACAAUGUACUGGUGGCUCUUGAGCGGGCUGCUAGGUUACAGCUUGAGUCACUCAAGGAGUUUUGUCUUCGAUUUAUUGUAAGAGAGGCCAAUUACAGCAGCAUUAUCAUGAGUAAAGAAUUUGAGUCUGUACCACGUGACCUUAUGGUAGACAUCAUCCGACGGAGACAAGCGCACCCACAGACUGCUGCAAUGACUCCCAGUGAUAAAUCAAACCACCCAGAACAGACCCUUGAGCAGGCCAUGACAGGAUUCCUGUGUAGUGGGCAGGACUUCCAUGAUAUUACUCUCAAGGUUGAUGGAAACCCUGUGGGUGCCCACAAGGCUAUCCUGGCAGCCCGGUGCAGCUACUUUGAGGCAAUGUUUAGGUCAUUCAUGCCGGAAAACAACACUGUGACAAUCACUAUUGGCGAGACAGUGCCCUCACAGAAGGCCUUUGACUCAUUACUGAAGUACAUCUACUUUGGCAAUGUUACCAUGCCGCCAGAGGAUUCACUAUAUCUUCUAUCUGCUCCGUUCUUCUUUGGCUUUACAAACAACAGACUCCAGGCGUUUUGUAAGGAAAACCUGGAGAAGAAUGUGUCAUUUCAGAAUGUAGUUGAGAUCCUUGAAGCUGCUAGCACCAUCGGUGCAGUUGAUAUGAAGAAACAUGCGCUUGAUAUAAUUGUGCAUAACUUCCCCAAGAUUGCCAGGUCCUCGACACUAAGGAGCUUAAACCGAGAGACUCUAUUAGAGAUAUUAGAUGCUAUUGCAGACUAUAUGAACGAAAUGAGCUUUGGCCAAAACAGUUUAUGAUGCAUGUGAACAGGCUAACAAUUUUGUGUUUUUGAUAUUAAACCGUUAUUUUAUUGGAUAAACAACAUGCUAUGGCAGAGUAUAUUAAGUGAAUGAGCUUCACCUUAAAAGUUUAUUUAAAUGGGCUAGCAAUAUGUUCUCUUCGUCAUUUUCUAUUCCUGGUUUGGAGAUAAAUCAAUAUUUUUUUAUGGUGAGGGAGGAGAGGGGGCAACUGACGAGUUUUGGAUGUUUGACAUCUUCAAGUUUAGGGAACCCAAUAAGAAUACCUGUGUGUAAGUCUACCAGAGCAGGGUUGUUUCAGUUGUCAGUUUUGUACACACAUGCCUGGUACAAGUUCUGGCUGCUUAUGUUAUAAAUAUUUUUUAACAAAUAUGGUGGUUAUUUGUAUAAAAGUUUGUCAUCAUCACAUCAUCACAUCAUAUAGAAUAUUGUAUUUAAAUAAUAUUACAUAAAACCAAAUAAAAAUCCAAAGAAUAUGAA